AAAAACAAAAAAUCUUUUCUCGUAGGCUGUGGCACUGCUGCGUUUUUGGAAAAAUUCGUGUGUUAUUGAAAUUUAACAUCAUUGUAAAUCAUCAUGGAAACACCAGAAGUUCAUAUCGAUGUGAGCGGGAACAUGGAAACGCCGAAACAGGAAGGCAAAUCCGGAUUUAACCUGUCCUCGUUUUCCAACUUCUCCACCCGUAUUCCGAGCUUGUGGGAACUGUUACGAUUAAGCCGGCAAAAUAUUCGUCCUUGGGCAGAGUUUCUACAAACUUCAAACUUUAAAACGGUGGCCAACGUUUCCCGCCUGACGAACCGAAUCAUUCGCAACCUGGCAUACUUUCAAAGCAACUAUCUGUUUGUAUUUCUUGGGUUGAUCGUCUAUUGUUUGUUGACCUCUCCGCUCAUACUGAUUGUGCUGGGAGCCGUGUUUUAUGCUUGCUACAAAAUCAAGCAGAACAGCACACCCGUGGCUUUCUUCAGCAAGCAGUUGAACACGAACCAACAGUGCAUUGCUGUCAAUGUUGCAGCCGUCCCGUUGCUCUAUUUGGCCGGAGCAGGUGCAGUCAUGUUCUGGGUGCUGGGUGCUUCAUUUUUUGUGAUAUCACUCCAUGCGGCCUUCUAUAACAUCGAUGCAAUUGUUACAGAGGAUAUGGAAACGUUCCUCACCGAAACGGUGUGAAUACGGUGUAUGACGUGACCAUUAAAUCGACUGUGAGUUCCAGCACGCUUGGCUAUUACCAUUACAUACCGUAUUCAACGAUUUGAUUUGAAAAAUCAAAACCCAUUUCCUUAGCUAUGCUUAUGGUAAAAGAAAUCAAAGAACUAUGAUAGAUCAAUUAAACCUCGGACGAUGUAAUGAAUAUUUACCGUAUCUUUUCGAUAUAACCUUGUUGCAAAAGUAAACAGCUACGUGAACUAGUAAGAAAUUGUCUAAUAUGAAUCCAUAAGCCGAAUCAGGAUCAUUUGUAAUAAUAAAGCUAUUGCUUAUCUUGACAGAACGAUCCACCAACAAACACGAUCCUAUUCUAAAGUUGCUAUGUAUUUUAUCAUGAAUCUUAUGUAUCCUUACUGUAAUUGGUUGGAAAAACUUAACGGGGAAUUAAUUUAUGUUCUCAAUUAUCUAGCAAUAUCAGUGCUAAAGUGUUUACAUAAAUAACAACGUUUAUUUCAAUAAUUUCUCAUAUUUAGUUUACAAUAAAACGAACGAUCUUCUGUUGUGAAUGAACAAACUG